AUGGAGGGUGUAGAUUGGGAGAGAGUGGAGAAAUUUCCACUGUUUUGUGAGAAUAUAAAAGAGGCUCAAAGUGAAGCCAUGGAAAAUCGAUGGAAAGAUUUCAAGGAAACGAUGAUGAAACACCAGGAAAUCAUCCUCAAGCCGUUUGACCUGUUCGAAAACACUGCCAUCCAUGUUGCAACUGGCUCCAACAACCCUCGACUCCUCCAAGAGUUGAUACAAUUGGUGCCUGAAGCAGAAAGGUGGCAAGCUUUGUGCAAGAAGAAUCGUGAGGGAAACACUGUCUUGCACGAGAUUGUGUUCUCCAAAAAUGUGACCCACAUGGCUGAUGUUGUCUUCUCGUUUGAAGAUGAGUUGCACCCACCAGAAAUGGAGGAGAAAAGGCCAUUGCUUGAGCUCACAAACGUCAGAGGAGAAACCCCUUUGUUCAUGGCUGCCAUGCAUGGAAAGCUCAAGAUUCUCAAACACAUGGCUAACCGUGCAGUCACGCAUCACAUGGAUUUACGAAAACAUUGGCAUCGAUCUGACGAAUAUAAUGUUCUUCAUGUCAGUGUCAUUGGCCAACAUUUGCAUGUUGCAAUUUGGCUUGUAAGAAUGGAUGAAGAACUUGCUCUGGAAAAGGAUAAGAAGAACUUAACAUGUCUUCAACUACUUUCCAAAAUGCCACAUGUUUUUCGAAGCCAUACUCAAAUGGGAGCAUUUGAAGGAAUUGAUCAUAUGUGGAAGGAAAAGAAAAAACACAAGUUGGCUGAUAGUCUGGCCAAUAUUUUGAUAGAAAAAGACUUAUCAUGGCAAGCAUCCUUUAAUGAGAAUAGAAGGACAAAAGUUAUUAAUAUGCCUCGUCAUCCUUUAAACGUGGUGAAAAGGAGAAGGAUAAGUGCACAGAACAGGGAAGAGAGGCGUAUGUACGAUAAAGACCCUCCAGAACGCACAGCAUUAUUCAUAGCAACUAAAACUGGAAUUGUAGAAAUUGUUGAAAAAUAUAUUGAACUCCAUCCUGCGGCUAUUUAUCAUGUUACUGAGAAUAAGCAGAACAUAUUGAACAUGGCUGCUAAGUAUCGACAGAAGAAAAUUCUUGAAAUCUUACAAAGAACAGGUACAAUUGAAACAUUGGCUGCUCAACUGACAGAUAAAGAACGAACUAUCUUGCAUGAAGUUGCAAGGAUGGAUUACUACAAAGGAGAACACUUAGCUGGAGUUGCAUUUCGUCUCCAAGAUGAGUUGCGUUGGUAUGAUGUAAGUGGUUGA